AUGGCUUUUAGGAGGCAAUGUCUCCGUGUUGUAGAUGAAAGCACUCGUGCAGACCAUUGUCAUAAAGGAGCCGAACCUGGCUUGCUUUCUACUGCAAAUAUAAAUCUAUUGGAGCAAUUCGUUGUUUUUUGCAAAUCAAAGGUGAUUGAUGAGUUAUGCAAGCUUGUACAUGAGAAUACGUAUGGGAAGUGUAGUUUCUGUUUGUUGCCUACUGAGAGUCUAGUUCUCAUUGUUCUUCAGAUCCUCUUAGACGCUGCACAGAGUGCUGAUAAGCCGAAGGAGAACAAUGUUGCUCCCCCUAUCUUUGUUCAAAAGAACAGAGUUAAUGAUAAUGAUAAGUCUGAUCCAUCUAUUUCAAGAGGUAAUUUGCACUGUUCAGUGGUCAAGGAGCAGUCUAACAAGCGCUUUGCUGAAGGAAAUUUUGAAGCCAGCAAGCCUAUCGGAGAUCAAAAGAAUGUUCACACCACUGUUUCUCGCCCACAGAAUUCAGCUGCAUCUAGAGGACCUCCGGGUGUUGCAUAUGGCAAGUCAAUGAGAAGUCCUUGUUUGGUCCUAGACACUCCUGUAGUUCUGCAUCAGGGCUAUCGUGAAGUUGAUGAGUUUGCUUCUGUGCCAGGAAAUGUUCUUAUUAUGAACAAGAAAGCUAAAAUUGAAGCUCCUAAGGGAUGUCUUUAUACGUACAACUGCUUGUAUGACAUCAACACAGUGAAAAAUUGUUUUCUUGGAGCCAAUUCUGCUCACAAGCUUCAUUUGUCAGAGAAGCUUUGCUUUCCUAUUAUCUUGCACAAGCAUUGGUUUGUCUUCAUUGUUGAUUUGAAGAACAAACUGUUUGUGUUUUUGGACUCUUAUUUUUCUGGUGAUCACAACUUCCAAAUCGAAGCAAGGACCAAGCUCAGUGUUGAUUGUGGUGUGUUUGCUUUGAAAUUCAUGGAGCUAUGGGACAGAAAUGUUGAUCUCAAGGAUAUGUUUGAUCACUCCGACAUUCCAAACAUACGUAUCAAGCUUGGAGUUGACUUAUUCUUCAGUAAAGGAAAUUGUAUCGACAAGUCUCUACUGAUGAACUUGUAUAAGCAGGGUGUAGAUCCUCGUGUCUGCAAUUAG